AUGCCUUUAAUCAAUCCGCUUGGGAUGCGUCCUCACGUUCACUUCAAUUCAGAAUCGUUUGAGGUUUACGAAGUUGUAACUGGCCUAUACAAUAACAAUAGUAUAAUCCUCCAAUCUGAGGUUCACCAACGUGUAAUUGGCCUGUACAAUGCCUUGCGAUGGCUAGCGGAUGGGUCAAUGUUAUCCACUUUAUCAAGCGAUAUAGAAACGUAUCCUGGGAAACUUGGCCUAUUUCAUGGUUUUGAGAUUGCCUUCCAGUUGCUUAUCUAUCUUCUUAUAGCCGCUUCUAUAUAUUGUAGUAAGAAAUCCAGAAAGAAGGAUACGAAGUAUGCACCCUCAGGGACGCUUAGUUCUUCGAAAUCAAGCGGUUCAAUAAAUUCAAAAACACCUAGAAAAAGAAAGGGACAAACUUCUUCAUAUGGCGCACUUCCUGCACAACUUCGAGAAAUCGCGGAAGCUGAACGAAUGGCAAAACAAAACAAGGCUUACGACAACUUUGAAUUGGAUCUUGAUGAUGACGUGAAAUGA